GUACCACUAGACACGACUUCUCUCUCUCUGUCUCUCUCUCUCUCUUGCACACCAAGUUGGAGACGCAACUCAGUUUUACUCCAACCUCUGCUUCAUCUCUGUGUCGGUCUUGGCUGUGACUCAUUGCAACAGUCAUGGCACCCAAAAAGAACAAGACAGCCAAAAAGAGCAAAGGAGACAUAAAUGAGAUGACCAUUUUGGUGGAGGACAGCCCGAUCAACAAAAUCAAUGGGCUGAACACACUCCUUGAAGGUGGAAAUGGCUUCAGCUGCAUCUCCACGGAAGUAAAUGACCCUGUUUACGCGCCUAACCUCCUGGACGGCUUGAGCACCAUGCGACAGGACAACUUCCUGUGUGACUUGACCGUCUCAACCAAAUCCAAAUCUUUUGAUGUCCACAAAGUUGUCAUGGCCUCCUGCAGUGAGUACAUUCAGGGCAUGCUGAAGAAAGAUGCCUCUGUUCAAAAGAUAGACCUCAAUGAUCUAUCGCCAGUGGGCUUGGCCACAGCAAUCACCUAUGCAUACUCUGGAAAACUUACCCUGUCUUUGUACACCAUUGGUAGUACUAUCGCAGCCGCAGUCUUCCUGCAGAUCAAUACCCUUGUGAAGAUGUGCAGUGAUUUCCUGAUGCGGGAGAUGAGUGUGGAGAACUGCAUGUAUGUGGCCAACAUUGCAGAUACAUAUGACCUCAAAGAAACGAAGGAGGCAGCGCAGAAGUUCAUGCGGGGGAACUUCAUUGAGUUCUCGGAGAUGGAGCAGUUCCUGAAGCUUACGUACGAGCAGAUCAGUGAUUUCCUCCAAGAUGACUCCCUCCAGCUGCCCUCAGAGCUCACCGCCUUCCAGAUCGCCAUGAAGUGGUUAGACUUCGACGAGAAGAGACUGAAGUAUGCCCCUGACCUGCUCACCAACAUCCGCUUCGGCACCAUCACAGCCAUGGACCUGGUCAGUCACGUCCAGAACGUGCCAAGGAUGAUGCAAGAUGCUGAAUGCCACCGUCUGCUGGUCGACGCCAUGAACUACCACCUGCUGCCUUUUCAGCAGAACAUCCUGCAGUCACGAAGAACCAAAGUGCGUGGUGGACUCAAGGUUAUGCUCACGGUGGGAGGUAGGCCAGCCCUGACUGAAAAGUCUCUCAGCAAGGAGGUGCUCUACAGAGAUGAAGACAAUGUGUGGAACAAAUUGACGGACAUGCCUGCGAAGAGCUUCAAUCAGUGUGUGGCAGUUCUGGAUGGCUUCCUGUAUGUUGCCGGAGGUGAAGACCAGAAUGAUGCAAGGAACCAGGCUAAGCAUGCUGUCAGCAACUUCUGCAGAUAUGAUCCAAGAUUCAAUACUUGGAUCCAUUUGACCAGCAUGAUCCAGAGGCGCACUCACUUCAGCCUUAACACCUUCAAUGGCCUCUUGUUUGCCAUCGGAGGACGCAAUGCAGAGGGUUGCCAGGCGUCCCUAGAAUGCUAUGUGCCAUCUUCUAACCAGUGGCAGAUGAAGGCACCCAUGGAGGUGGCAAGGUGCUGCCAUGCCAGUACACUCAUUGAAGGCAAGAUCUUAGUAACCGGGGGUUACAUCAGCAACGCCUAUUCUCGAGCUGUGUGCAUGUAUGACCCAUCCACUGAUAGCUGGUCGGAUAAGAACAGCUUGAGCUCCCCAAGAGGCUGGCACAGUGCUGCCACAGUGGGCGACCGUGCCUACGUCAUCGGCGGCAGCCAGCUUGGUGGUCGUGGAGAAAGGGUAGACGUCCUGGCGGUCGAGUGUUUCAAUCCCCACUCCGGUCAGUGGAGCUACAGUUCACCGUUGCACACGGGUGUCAGCACGGCUGGUGCCACCACUCUGAAUAACAAGAUCUAUCUCAUGGGAGGCUGGAACGAGAUUGAAAAGAAGUAUAAGAAGUGCAUACAGAUGUUCAACCCAGACCUUAAUGAGUGGACUGAGGAUGAUGAGUUGCCAGAGGCAACCGUGGGUAUUUCAUGCUGUGUUGUCACCAUCCCCACACGUAAAACACGAGAGUCCAGAGCCAGCUCAGUAUCAUCUGCACCAAUCAGUAUAUAAGAUCAGUUGAGUGUAUUGGGGUACUUGGAGCAUAAUUUAUUUAUUAGCAUACUUCAAAUGACACAUUUUCCACAAUCAUUUAGUCAGUGUAUUAUGAGUCCUGUGUGAUUAAGCUGAUAAUCUUCAUUUAAUUCUCAGUUCAGGUUUUGUAUUCAGAUCUGUCUAGGACAAACACAAUGUACAUACCAUGCAGUUUGUAGUCAGAUUACACAUCAAAUAUCUCAUUCUAAAACACAUGACUUUUACCUGUCACUUGUUUCACAUACGUUAGAAUCUUGUUUGUUAAAAGUUACAAACUUCUCUUCUACACUGGUUAAAUCAAUGUGAAUAUUUAAAUGAAGAUACUGCCAAAAGAUUUCAUAAAAAACAAACAACAUAAAUAAAAAUUAAAGAAAGAAAAAUAUAUCAAUAUAAAAAUAUACUAAUACAGUAUACAAGUUUUCUAUAUCAGAAUUGUCAGUCUUUUUUUCCUUAUGGGGCCAAUUCUAUGAAGCCAAUUUAUAUGAACCCAUUUUCAUAUUAUUUAGUAGAUUAAAGUAUAUUCAUUAAAAAGCCCUUUAAUCUGCAUAAAUAUUUAGAAUCGAAUUAGAUCAUUCACAUAAUUCAGUUGGCCUAAUACAACUGCAGUUUAUAAUCCUCCACUGAAUGUGUAGCUGAAAGAAAGGACUAAUGUGUAUCUCCUGUACAUUAUGACAAUUUACAGUUUCUGUCCAUGAUAUUGAUGAACACAAAUGUAUUUGUGUUUAGUCAUUCAAUAUAAGAUUGAUAUGAGGUUUAAAAGUAUCAAUAACAGACAAUCGUGAAUUGCCAGAUGUGCCUGCCAGGAGUAGGUAAGUGAUUAUCAGUUAUUGAUUGGUUUGUGUAUCAAUCUGUACACCAAUUGAAAUACCGUUUUGGCUCCUGAGGAUGCUACAGCUGGUCUUAGGUAAACACAUGGUUCAGAGACUGAAGGAAGUAUGUCGGUUGUUGAGUGUUGUCAUGAUGAUGGUUGCUUGGGGACAAUGAAGGUUUUGAUUAUGUUAACUUUUAUUUUGUAAAAAGGGAGACUGAAAGUUGGCACUGGGGGACUGAAGCUUGAGCCUGAACUAUACAGGGGAUGAGCGCAAGGCACUGAUGCCUCUCAAAAUUCCCCAACAGUUCACGUUAUUUGAGUGUUCUUAGAGAUUGAUAUAAUUAUGUGAAAAAUUAUUUAAACAACAUUGUUAAGGGUUUGAGUGUACAGUGGGUACAUAAGUCAAAGUUGUUCCUGACCCAGCCCUCUCUCUGGAAAACUGCUUCUUUAAUAAAGAUUCCUAUAAAACUACUUUAA